UCGUAUGAGGAAGUAACCGGACGGUUAAUGAAAAGCUCGGGACGUUGGCAUUCUUGGGCCCAUUUGAACGCUUUCUGCUGAAUCACUCAACAAUGUCGAUCACGAACCCGAAACAAACUGUUCUGAAUCCGUGUCUAUUUAGGUCAGGCGCGUGGUGCAAUGCUUUUGACAGCAGGAACUAGUUCAUGGAGCUCAUGCCGCGUUCAGGACAACUGGGAAAUAAGCUCAGGGUUUCCCACUUGGAAAGUAUCAGAUUCAACCAGUUGGAAGCUCUAUGCAAAACAUACCAUUCCCUUUGCUGGGACGAUCCUGGGAGGUUUACAGCCUGGGGAGAUGGUGCUCAUUCAAGGCACUGUUCCCAGUGAUUGUGAGAGGUUUCAGGUGGACUUCACCUGUGGGAACAGCACAAAGCCUAGAGCGGACAUAGCCUUCCACUUCAACCCUCGCUUUAAGAGAUCUCCCUGCAUCGUGUGCAACACACUGGAGAGAGAGAGCUGGGGCAAGGAGGAGAUCCUAUAUAAGAACGCUUUCACACUGGGGUCAACCUUUGAGAUGAUCGUCCUGGUGCAGAAAGAUGAGUUUAAGGUGGCAGUGAACGGUGCUCAUGUACUGCAGUAUAACCACAGACUGGACCUGGAUAAGGUGGACACACUAGCCAUUUCUGGAAAGGUCAAGGUUCAGGCCAUCGGCUUCUUCCCCGGCUCUAACUCCGGUCCACCUCCACCUGGUGUUGUGAACAACAGAGGCCCACAAGCCAAUGAAGCGCUUUCAAUGUCAGAUGACUUGAGUCUGCCCUUCAGGGGCAAACUGAGCAAGGGGUUGAGUGUAGGACACACCAUCACAAUCAAAGGACAGACCAGCCUGUACCCACACAGCUUCUUGGUGAACCUGAGAGUCGGUAAUACGGAGGACAUAGCGCUCCACCUGAACCCCCGUAUGAAGGCCGCCAUGUUCAUCCGUAACUCCUACCUGUCCGAGUGCUGGGGCCCUGAGGAGAAUACCCUGCCCAGCUUCCCCUUCUCCCCUGGGGAGUACUUUGAGAUGAUCAUCCUGUGUGAGGCCCACCAGUUCAAGGUAGCGGUGAACGGGGUCCACCAACUGGACUAUAAGCACCGUGUCCAGGACCUGAGCCGCAUUACUGAGCUGGAGAUCCUGGGAGACCUGCAGCUGCUGGAUAUCAAGCUGUGGUGACCCCUGACCUCCAAGAUCUGUUUUAUGUCCCAAUUGUCUCUCCUUCCUCCCAAAGUGUGCUUUUGUUCACAUUCCUUCACUGAUUUGAAAGGAAAUGACCGGUAUGAGAAAUAUGGUAGUUAACUUCCUCCAGCUAGCCUAUGCCUUCAUCAAUCCAAUGCUUUUAAGGAGAUAUUAUUGGGACACACUGCUAACCUCCAAGAUCUGACCCCAGUCACCCUUAGAAUGACUUCCAACUCUGGCUACGUCACGAUUCACAACCCUUUUCCAGAAAUGUAGUAGCAGACCUUUCGCACUCCCCGUCAUGGAUUUAAAAGGAUUAGUGUAAGCACUGGCUGGAGGAAGUAUCCACCAUUGUAAAAGCCAUGCAAGAAAGUGUGCAAGUGUGCAUUUUGGGAUUGAUGAUGGAGAAUGGGCCAUAGCCUCCUCAGCCAGGGACUCAAUAUAGCGUCGCUGAAAAGCAUCUUCCACUGCAUGUCCUCUACCCAUUUGUAUCCUUGAUAUUCCUCCUAUGUGCAUGGUCUGGUUUUAAUUUGGGACUCUCAGUACAUUUAAUGGACUACAAAUCAAGUAUCUGACAACAUUUCAAUUCAUUUUGGGGCAGGUUGAAUCAAAUUAGCAAAUUAUCUGUGGAAGCAGGUAUGGGUAACGUGACAAACGGGUAGGGUAAACAAACACCUUUUAUUAAUUUGAGGCAACAUGGGCAGGGUGAUCAGGUGGCUAUUGUGAUAGUAUCACUAUGAUCAGUUUUGUAGUAAUCAUUUUCAUCCUAAUGCAUCAGAAUCGCAAUACUUUCAUUUAUUAACGCUUGUUGUUUAAGCGUGUGCUUUAGCCGUUUACCUUUUCAUCCCUGGAAUGUGAAAGCAUUCCUAUUAGCAGAUUAUCUAAUUUACUAGACUCUACGGCUAAAUAUUUUAUGCCAUGGGCAUAAAAUAUGGAUGCAAAGCUUAUCUAAUUGUAAUAUAGCUCUAAGCUGUUUCACUACUACUACUCCAAUGUACUCAAAUAUAGCAUGUAGUACAAGAGUGAGCUUGUAUGGUCUUGAAUGACAUUCUUGUUUACCCUUUUGCCUAGUUAAAUAAAAAAAAGACCCUUGCUAACUGACCAAAAAGGUUUAUUUUAUGUUUACGAUAUACUGGGAACUGUGGCUAAACUGACAAUGGCUUAUACAGCAACUUAACCACUAUGUAACAAAGGAAUUAGCUCAGGGAAUAGAUCAUACACAUUACAUACCUAUUUCCAGAGGGCACGUCUGCGAUAAGCAAUAUCUGCGCAAAUAUACAAUUUAUCAGGGAGCCUCUUUUAACAAAAAGUUGGGUAGUCAUCAACUUUCCUAUGCAAGUUUCCACACAGAUAUAGCUAUCAUUUUAAAGGUGGAUUUUGUGCAUAUGCCACCCGUGUGUUGAGUAAUUUCUGUCCCCAAAACUGAAGUUUUAUAUUUGAAUAUCAACCAAGAACAACCGUAAGCAAAAGCCUACAAGCUUUACCAUAGGAAAUGACUCAAGUAUGUAUGAAGAUGUGUGACCAUAAUAAACUAACAAAUUAAAGUCGCA